CUUACCUAGAUUGGGAACGAAAGAUGGAAUUGAUCUUCGACUACAACAACUAUUCCGAGAGGAAGAAAGUACAAGUGGCUGCACUCGAGUUUACGGAUUAUGCCAUCGUGUGGUGGGAUCAAGUAAGCACGAGGAGGAGGAAGAAUAGGGAGCCGCCUAUUGAGACGCGGGCAGAGAUGAGAAUCGUUAUGCGUGAUCGAUUUAUUCCUACUUCUCAUCGUAGAGAGAUGCAUAAGACCUAUAGCUUCUGUGCCAAUGUACCAAGAGCGUAGAGGAUUAUUACCGCGAAAUGGAGAUGCUAAUGAUUCGAGCGGAUUUGGAGGGAGAUCGUGACGCUAAUAUUGCACGAUUCCUAUAUGGUCUUAAUCGAGAAAUCAGGAACAUGGUGGAAAUUCAUCCCUAUGCGGAUUUGUAUGACUUGGUUGCAAUGGCAGCCAAAGUAGAGAAACAACAACGUAGAAACGUUGGGAGGAGUUUCGUGGCACCUCAAGUUGCACCAAGGUCAGAAGCGCCUUCGACUUCAAACCAUAGGCCAGCCAUAAUGAAGCCAGAAGCACCAAAACCGGCAGCCAAGGUCGAAGCACCAAGAGACAAGCCCGCGGGCUCUAGUGGAAGCAUUCAAUGCUUCAAGUGUCAUGGAAGAGGGCAUAUGGCCAACCAAUGCCCUAAUCGAAGAGCUCUCAUCAUGCUAGAGAAUGGGGAGUAUGUUUCGGAUUCUAAAGAUGAGGAGCACGCAAAGGAGACAUCGGAUUCGGAGGUCGAUGAAUCAAUAGAAAUGCAAGCACCUCCCGGAAGUUUGUUUGUUACAAGGAGAAUCUUAAGCGUACAACCCAAGGAAGAUCUCGAGCAAAGAGAGAACUUGUUUCAUACGAGGUGUGUGGUGGAUGGAAAGUUACUCUCCUUGGUGAUUGAUGGCGGGAGUUGUACUAACGCUAUUAGCACCAUUGCAGUUAAGAAGUUCGGAUUAAGCACAAUGAAGCAUCUCAAACCCUACAAGCUCCAAUGGCUUAACGAGGAUGGUUCAAUCAAGGUAGCAAGACAAACUUUUCUGAGAUUUGAGAUUGGAGGCUAUAAGGACGAGGUUCUAUGUGAUGUGGUACCUAUGCAAGCUACAUACGUCCUACUUGGAAGACCAUGGCAAGUCGAUCGAAGCACACAACACGAUGGAGUCUCCAACAAAUAUCUACUGAUGCAUAAAGGAAAGAAGGUCGUGUUGAAACCCUUGUCUCCCAAGGAAUUCUAUGAAGACCAAUUACAAUUACAAAGAAACAGGGAGCAAGAGAAGGAAGCUAGUGUCGUGGGCCAGAAGAAAGGUGAAACUAGUGUCUUGGAGCCCAAGACAUUGAUGCUAGCACGUAGUAAAGAUGUGAAGCCAACAAUUAAUGAGUCAUCACCUACUCAAGUUGAUUUUGUCAUGGGAGAAGCCCUACAACAACAUCAAAUUUCGUCCCAAGGAAUAAUCAACGCCUCAAGUACUCCCACACCACCGAAUCAUGCUCAUGAGCAUGGUCAAAACCGUCUUCAAUGUAAGUCAAUUCAUAUGCAAGAUUAUGGUGAGAUUAUUGACCACAUUGAUUUUGUUAUUUGGGGAUGAAGUGACAUACAUAGAGGCUCAUAUUAGAGAAAGACGAAGACUCGAAGAGUUUGUGGAUCAUCUUAGCUUUCAAGGUGCAUGGUCAAGUGGGAAAAUAAUGAAGCCACGGGAGAGAAUUUAUAUGUCGCAGUCAGAUUUGAGGUCAAAUCUUUUUCAAGAGGGAGGGAAUGAUACGACCCCGCUCACCCCGCAUGACGUCACUCGAGCUCAAACUAGAUAUCUACAUGGACCAUGAUUCAAGAGACGAUUUAAUAGGUUUGAAGAGAGCUCGGAAGCAUUCAAGGUGGAAGAAAAGGUCUUUGCAAGCAAUGCCUACGAGUUUGUUGAUGUGAAAUCAAUUGGCAGAAUAUAUAAUUCUCGUGGUCCAAAGAUGAAGGUCCGAGUACGACAAUACAAGGAUCAAAUGGGA